GGUAAAAGGGAUUUGACAGUUGCAAGUCUGGGAUUAAUCCGUCAGUCGACUUCUUCUGUGGGACCGCUACCAUGGCGGCAGCGGCUGCUUGCGGCCAACAUAAUGCCGCAAUAGCAGCUGGGGUUUCCGGGAAAAAAACGCAUGCUAAUAGGGAGCAAACCCGGAGGAACCGUGAGAGCUCUCGUCGGAGACAAGCUGCACUUUUGUUUCUCAGUAACAUCUCCCUGGACGGACGGCCAAUACUGAGUAACUCAGCCGAGAGUGGAGUAAGCCGCCACCACAAAGACACCGACUUGGAGGGAGCCGACUCCUUCCCUACGGUGGCGGCAGCGGCCGGGUUGUGCCCGGAGAUAGGUAGGAGUGGCAGCUGUGGGACAUUCUCCAGUUUAUCAUUGUCCGUGAACUCCGGGAACGUCAGUGCCUCUCCGGUACCGAGGACAGGACUCCUCAAUGUACCGUCUAUCCUCGUCCUGCCAUCGGACACGGGCUUCAGCGGUGCAGAGGGCGCGGAGAUGCUGCUGGAGUGCCGCAGAGGCUCGGUCCCUUCGCCGGGGAACAGUAACCUGCUCUCGGCGUCCCCGUCCAACACCAGUCUGCUACCGUCGCCACUGGGGCCGCGGAAGUCUUCCACGCUGCUGUCAGUUCAGAGCUGUAACUCGGCGUCCCCAGAGCCGCGCCAAAGGACGCGAAACUUCUCUGGUGGUUCUCCCAGACCUCGACACACCAAGAAGAUCCACUUCAUUAAGAAUAUGAAACAGUAUGACACGAGAGGCAGCAGGAUCGUGCUGAUCUGUGCCAAGAGGUCUCUUUGUGCUGCCUUUUCUGUUCUGCCAUAUGGAGAGAGCUUCUACCUCAGUGACCCUACAUUAAACCACCCGAGAAGGAGACACUCAUCUGGAAACAUCUCCACCACCCUGGAGAUGCUCCCAGGGCUAGAAGGUUUCCAGCUGGACACCUAUGGCAGGUCGGUGUCGUACGCCCAGUUCCUGUACCCCACCAACGCUCUGGUGAGGCACAAGCUGUCCUCAACCAACGACCUGACGCUGCAGAUCCCAGUGUCCAGGAGUGCAAACAACAUGCCAGGCAGGAGUUACCCACCCAGCAGGCUGAACAGCACUGUGGGACUGGACCUGGGUCUGGAUGAUGUCACAGACUAUGACCCUAACCUCAUCAAUGACCCCCACUGGCCGUGUGGGAAGCACAAGCGGGUGCUGAUCUUUGCUUCCUACAUGCAGUAUCAUGGAUUGGCAGCAAAUAUCCAGCAGCUGUGUGUCCUUUCACACACACCAUCCAGGGCUCUGUGGGCUGUCUGACACCUCUACUGACCUGUGUGUCAGACAGCAGAUGUUACU